GAGGAAGACGGUAGGAGAAGGAUUCCGUGUCCUCUCGAUCCGAAACACACCGUGUACGAAGACCAGCUACAAAAGCACUUAAAGAAGUGUAAUUCAAGGGAGAAGCCAAAGCCGGUCUAUUUUGUUCAAGACAUUAAUGCAGGUUUAAAAGAUGUCGCAGAAAUACCAGAAAAACAGGUACCUCUCUCUUCUCUGUCCAAAGAAGAGCUGGAGAACUUGAUAAUUAAGUUGAAAAAAGCAAGUAAUGGCCUGGAAUUUCACCUUCAGGAACAAAUACUGUCCCACCAGGCUUUACAAGAAGCCUUAAAUGACCCCAAGAAUGGAGAAUCUGCUUUCAAACACUUGAAACAACAGGCUUCUAUUUUAGGUAACAUGGAAAAAUUACAUUUACUUGGUCCAGGAAGAUGUUUUAUUGAGUUUGGAGCUGGGCGAGGAAAGCUCUCUCAUUGGGUUGAUGUUGCCUUGCAGAAUACUCAAAAUGUUCAGUUUUUGCUUGUGGAAAGGGCAACUACACGAUUUAAGGUGGAUGGAAAACAUCAAAGGAGAGAUUCUAUAUUUGAAAGGCUUCAAGUUGAUAUUCAACAUUUAUGUUUAAAUAAGGUACCUAUUUUGGAGAAGAAAAAGCUACCAGUGGUAGGAAUUGGGAAGCAUUUGUGUGGUGCUGCAACAGAUCUUGCUUUGAGAUGCUUGGUUGAAAGUUACACAACUUGCUGUGAUGCAGAAAAUGAAGAGCCCGCACCAAAACGCUCUAGGGCUGAUCAGACAGAGGUGGCUUCCAGCGAUUCUGCUGGCAAUGAAAGCAGCAAAGCUGACUGUAAGCCUGUGGCUGGAAUUGUUAUUGCGCUGUGUUGCCAUCACAAGUGUGACUGGACACACUAUGUAGGCAGAGAGUUCUUUAAAUCAGUAGGACUUGGACCAGUGGAAUUUCAUUAUUUUCAGAGAAUGAGUAGCUGGGCCACGUGUGGCAUGCGAGAAACCACAAACAAAGCCUCCGCAAGUGAAGAAAGCGAAGAGCAAACUAACGGCGCAGAGGACCAUGAGCAAACAGUCAGCGGGAUAGAGAGUGGUCCCGAUACUUUACAAGGGAUACUUACGGCUGAAGAACGGAAGGAGAUAGGCUGCCUCUGUAAACGGCUCAUUGACCAUGGACGGAUUGAGUAUCUACAACAACGAGGAUACGAGGCUCUACUACAGUAUUACAUAGAGUCGGCCGUGUCCUUGGAGAAUGUCCUGUUGACAGCUGUCCCAAGUCCAUCUUUGAUACCAGAGCCAACUACACGACAGAACAUAGAUUUGGAACUGGGGGGUGGGAACCGACCACAAAACCAGCUAUAA